CACCAAAGUUCUUUGCUUUAUACCCAACGAUUGCGUCGCGAGGACACGUUUCGAUAGGAAGAGUCAGACGCGGUUCGAUUCGAGAUAGGACGACUGCGUUCUGUGGGAUAUCUGGCAGGAUACGAAAGGGGCUAGCAAGGAAGGCAGAAAGAUCGGUGCCUUGAGCUGCCCAGCCAGCCAGUACGGAGCAGACCCACAUACAAACGACACCGACCAAACCACCCACUAAACAACCACCGAAAUGCCCUCUCUCAGACCAACAACAACCGCCCUCCUUCGCACACCCACAGCCCGCCUCCCCCUCCGCCGGUCCUACACACAACCACCACCACCAAACCCCCCUCCCAACCCCACCCCCAAUGAGCCCUCCCGCACCAGCGCCUUCUAUCGUACCUUCGCCUCGCCGCUGCUAAAAACCUUUCUCGGCGCGCUCUUCACCUACCAAGUGCUGUACUGGGGCUGGUUAAAGCUAGAGGUUAUUGAGGAGAAAGUGCAGAAGCAGGGUGAGAUAAUGGGGCUGAAGGAGGAGUUGAAGAAUGCGGUUGUGGAGAGGAGGGAGCGGGCGAGGGAGGUUGCUGAGAAGGGGGUUGGGAAGGUAACGGAAGAGGGGAAGAGGAGGGGAUGGUGGCCUUGGUGA